UAAUGAAGUAGCGUAGAUACUACGGGCUCUUCAUUUUCGGUGUGCUGCUGAUAAAUUGUGCUUGAAAGAUACGAAACGCACACGAAGCACCCAGAAGGGCGGAAUAAGCAGUGCACAAUAAUGGCAUCCUUCGAUGUGUUCGAUCGAUCGAGCUGGUACUUUGGGGCAAUGUCCAGACAGGAUGCGACGGAUCUGCUGAUGAACGAGCGUGAAAGUGGAGUGUUUCUGGUCCGAGAUAGUACGACCAUCGCGGGCGAUUUUGUGUUGUGUGUGCGAGAAGAUUCUAAAGUUAGCCACUACAUCAUCAACAAGAUUCCCUCGGGUGAGGAGUGCUUUGUUUACCGUAUCGGAGACCAAACAUUUGGCGAUCUGCCGGAUUUGCUGUCGUUCUACAAGCUGCACUAUCUGGACACGACGCCACUGAGAAGGCCGAUGGUCCGCCGGCUCGAGCGGGUGGUAGGAAAGUUCGACUUUGACGGAAGCGAUCCAGACGAUCUUCCCUUCAAGAAGGGGGAAGUGCUGUACAUCAUCAGCAAGGACGAAGAUCAAUGGUGGACUGCCCGUAACGCGCAGGGCCAAACGGGACAGAUUCCGGUCCCGUACGUAACGCGAUAUGAGGAGAACAUAAUUGAACGACCUAAUUCGGGUGGUGGCGGUGUUGGCCAUCAUCACCAUCCAGCGGGAGGAAUGCACCAUUCGGAAAAUUCCAACAUUUUCAAAUCGAAUCUGAACCGUCAGCUUCCGGCCCUUGCCCGGGUCAAACAGGAGCGCGUCCCGAACGCAUACGACGAAACGGCUCUCAAGCUAAGCGUUGGCGACGUCAUCAAAGUGCUGAAAACGAACAUAAACGGCCAGUGGGAAGGAGAACUGAAGGGAAAGAUUGGCCAUUUUCCCUUCACCCACGUGGAGUUUAUCGACGAGUGAAUUAACGAACGCUUGCUGAUGCAAUCCAUUUUAUGUUUAUUCGUCGUCAUUACGGCCAACGCUUCCAUCUCGAUCGAGAUGGCACAACACGCGCUAAAGCACAAGGGCCCGUCUACCAGGCCCAGGCACAGGCACAAACCAUUGGCCGUGGAAGGAAGAUCCUGAUAAAACAGCACGAGCCCCAGUAGGAGUAUUCGAUUUCUUCUCGUUUGUAUGUGCUGCUAGUUAUUAUUUAACUGUACAGGCUAUAUUAAGUAUUUUGUGUAAACAACUGUAGAUUUACCUGUACGUUCCAAGUCAUUUAGUUUAAGUGAUUUUAAAAUGUGUUAUAUUCUGCCUCCACCAAUCUUUUCACAGUAUGAGCUGUAUGCGAACUCAUUUAAAUGUGGCAAGGCAAAUAGGCUCAGAAGUAUAGGCUUAAGAGGAAAGGCUCUAAGUGGGAAAAAACGGUGAGCAAAUGGCUCGUUUCGUGGUUAAAGGGAAGAUUUUUUAUGGCAAGUGCCGCUAACGGCUCUUUUAGAGGGAGCAUCCAUUUUGUUCCAUUACCAACAGUGAAAGGUUCAACAUUGAAACAUAAUUUCAAACACUCACUAGAAAUGGAGGACAUAAAGCACCAGAAUGAUGAUAAAUUCAUUCGUUGCCACAUAACACUCUCAAGGAACCACACUGGCGACGAUCAUGACGAAGCAGAGAACAAGCAUGUAAUAGAGUUAAUAGUUUAGCAUAUGGGGUUUCAGAUUGAACCAGUGGGUCCAUCGACUGAACCAUCCAACUACGAGCUCGUAUAUUCCUUCAGGCAACCGGUGUGUGUGCGCACGUUUGUGGCUUCCAUGUGGAUCCUUAGAGAAGAUAACAGAUAAUAUAAAGUUACGUUCAUAGCUUUUUAUACCGACCAAGCAAAGAGAGUGUGUGUGUGUGUGGGUAGGAGCGAAAUGUUUUCUUUUCUAUCGUAGCACAACAGUUGUUUGGGGCAGCAUAAAUUCAGCAUAUGUAUUGGGAAGUUGCAAGCCCUUCCUUUUCUUUGCCGCAAUCGUUCCCACCAUCAGAUUACGCUUCAAACGUAACGUCAAACACAAUCAAUUGGUACGUUCGAAAGGAGGAGGGGUAGGUUUCUAUAAGUUUUGAUGAUUUCCAAAGAAAUUACUAACUCCAAGCGCUCGCGCGUGCACAUUGCUGGGGAAAGGUUUGAAACUUACCUUGGUUUACGCAGCGCAGCGUUUCGUGAUCGAGCUCGAGCUCCAUCGAUGAUCCAUAUAUUCCGCUCUCCUUUCCAUCCAGCCAACGAAGUUUCCGUAGACUAGGAACAAACAAACAAACAAUCGAUAAACGAAAGUUCGACAUAGGGCGACGAGAGUGAGAUAAUCUUCCUUUAGAUUCCAGGGACCGUGGAGGGGAGAGUAGAGCUACAAGCGGCUGUCAUAAUGUAAUACAAUUCUAACGGAUGCCGAAACCGAAGCAAUUUAUUUUUAUAAUGGGUGUGAGAUAACAGAGAAGCUGGUUUCGUCUCAGAGGGAAGGUUAAACUGAAUGCAGAAAGAUGGAUAUAUAUUAUGGGACUAAUGGGACUGAGAGAUGGGAAGCACAUAGCAGAAAACAUAAGAAACCAAUAGCAUACGAACGCACCUCUCCAGUAAGCCAAAUACGACGAUAGAAUUCGUGUUGAUCUGUGCAAUAGUAGGUGGAUGUGACAAAAUUUGCGUCAUUUUACGUUUGAAAAAGUCAAGAGGAUCGAUUCUGGAGCCUGAACAACCGUAGUAGUGUAAAACCGUACCCGAAGGUGGAAAUGGCGAAUAGAAUGGUAGAUAGUAUACACCAAAAUACAGCGGAAAAAGAAAAGUAAUGACUCCCAAAAGAAGGGAUCGGUCAUGCAAAUGACACUCUCGAAUCUAAUCGAUACGAUGGACGCCGAUGGAUGUAACUAAGAAGCAGAUAAGAAAGAUUCCAAUGCAAUAGCGACAGAACCUAUUUACCACAACAAAAUAAUAAUAAAAAAAAAACGAGUAGAUAAGAAAGGAUGAGUUGUUGUCACGCAAUGCUAACAUAUACACACACAAAUAGUGCAACCGAUACAAAUUAGCGGACAGUAUAACUUUAUGAAACUAUGAAUAAUCAAAACCAACCACCAACAUCAAUCACAACCAAGCUUCGAACCUAUGGACGAGUGUCCGUAGAUCGUUUAAUGCAUGCUUUUGCGUUGAGAGUGAAAAAACAAUAAUCCCCAGAUAUCGGAUAAGUUAACGACGGUCAAGCUUUGCACAUCAUGCAGAUGGGAUGGCGGACAAGUGUCACGAUACGAAGAGUACGCACAAGGUCUCCCGUCGUACGUGGUCACGAGCACGGAAAGGACGAAAGAAGUCGAUAAUUUGAGUGGUGUUGUAGACGAGUUGUGGAGUUAAAUAUACCAACGUUCGUGAAUGAAGCAUGUAUUUGUAUAAAAAAAAAGAGGAAAUAUAGUUCUGUAUUGUAUCUUUUCAAGUUAAA